AUGCCGACGGAAAGGCGAUUAAUAGACACCGAUAGUGAUGAUGAAAACAUCGAGGCAGCGAGUGUUCGCAAUCGGCAUCGUUCGCAGAAUGAACCAACGGACUAUAAUAUUCCCGUCACGACUGAAGCAGAUGCCGAUCCUGCGUUUAACUUAAAUAGCAGAUCCAAGGAAACGUCCCAGUAUGAGAGCCUGGACUACGAUGUGUGCGAAAAUGUUCUGUGGCGUCGAGAACAGACGAAGAUCAAGCCUAAGUUCACCGUACGGAAGGAUUUCUCCCGUUGGGUAAUUUCGCUGCAGAUCGGUGUCUGCACUGCGCUCGUAGCGUGCUGCAUCAACAUCGUGAUCGAGGAGGUAUCGCGGCUUAAGUACGGCUUUCUGAAGCACCAGGUGGACGAGAAUGUGCUGCGGGGUGAUCUGAGCAUUCCCUAUCUGUACUGGUCUCUGUUAAAUCUCAUACCGGUCGUCAUUGGAGCCACGUUGGUCGCAUACGUUGAACCAGUGGCUGCUGGCAGCGGCAUACCGCAAGUGAAAUGCUACCUGAACGGCGUGAAAGUACCACGGAUCGUGCGCAUCAAGACGCUAGCUGUGAAGGCGGUUGGGGUGGCCACAUCCGUGAUCGGUGGACUAGCCGGUGGAAAGGAAGGACCGAUGAUACACAGCGGUGCGGUCAUAGCGGCCGGAAUUUCACAGGGUAAAAGUACCACCUUUCGUCGCGAUUUGAAGAUUCUGCAACACUUCCGCGAUGAUCACGAAAAGCGUGACUUUGUGGUCGGGGGUGCCGCAGCUGGCGUAGCGGCGGCUUUCGGUGCACCGAUUGGUGGAAUCCUGUUCUCGCUCGAGGAGGCGGCCAGCUUCUGGAACCAGAGUCUUAUCUGGCGUACGUUUUUCGCAUCGAUCAUCAGCUCGUUCACGCUGAACCUAAUCCUGUCGGCAUACCACGGAGUGAGCAGCUUCCAUUACCGGGGUUUGUUUAAUUUGGGCGAAUUUGCACCGCUCCCGUUCGAGUACUUCGAGCUGCCGAUCUUCAUGCUGAUGGGCGUGAUGGGAGGUUGCUCGGGUGCCCUGUGGAAUGCAGUAAAUAGCCGGAUAAAUAUGUUUCGUGCGCACGCACUACAGCAACGGUGGGCUAAAGUGUUGGAAGCUGCCUUUGUUGCCGUGCUAGGUGCGACGUUUGCAUGUAUAAUGAUUUACACUAUCAAUGACUGUCGCCCACUUGGAAACGAUCCGACCGAGCAUCCGGUACAGCUGUUCUGUCAGGAUAAUGAGUAUAAUGCGGCUGCCGCCCUGUGGUUCCAAACGCCCGAGGCAACAGUGAAGGCACUAUUCCACGAUCCGCCCGGAUCACACAAAAUCCUUACGCUGGCAGCGUUUGUGCUCAUCUACUAUCCCCUGUCGUGUGUAACGUACGGACUAAGCGUUUCUUUGGGCAUUUUUAUUCCGACUUUGCUAAUUGGCGCCGCCUGGGGUCGUUUGAUGGCGUCCUUUACAGUGCUCGCUUUUCCUGCAUCGAGCGCGUUUGUUUCUCCUGGAAAAUAUGCUCUGAUUGGGGCAGCCGCCCAACUUGGAGGCGUUGUUCGCAUGACGCUGAGUUUGAGCGUUAUUCUGCUGGAAACGACGGGAAACAUUGGGUUUAUUUUGCCCAUCAUGCUAACGUUGAUGACGGCCAAAUGGAGCGGAGAUUACUUCAACGAGGGCAUCUACGAUAUCCAGAUUCGAACAUCCCGCGUACCUAUGCUACCGUGGCACGUUGAGCCGGAGUAUCAGAAUCUUUCGGCCCGCCACGUCAUGGCUCGACCGGUUGUGUGCGUACGGAUGGAGGAGAAGGUUCAAUACCUGAUGGACAUACUGAAAAACACUUCCCACAAUGGGUUUCCCGUGAUUGAAGAUGGUGAUGAUGGUACGCGCGUUAACGGACGACUCAUUGGAUUGAUUCUGCGUUCCCAGCUGGUGGUGAUAUUGAAACACAGCUAUUACCAGGAAGCGAGCAGCUUCUGGGAAUCGACCGUCAGCAUUGAAACGUUCCGUGAUGCAUACCCGCGUUAUCCAGCCGUGGAGGAACUGCACGUCAAUGAGCAUAAGAGGAGCGGAAAGUUCUCCGUAAACAUGGAAAUGUUCAUGAACCCUUCGCCGUACAGCGUAGAGGAGGGCACAUCAGUGCCACGAAUCUUCCAGUUGUUCCGGGCCCUUGGUCUGCGCCAUCUCGUCGUGGUGUCAUCGGAAAACCGCGUGCGUGGCAUUAUUACGCGCAAGGAUUUUUUGAAGCAUCACUAA